AGGACAAAGAGGGGGAAAAUAUCCCCUCUUUUAGGGAUGGAGACCUGUCACGUCAUUCCCAACCAUGUCCUCAUCUCCCUCAACACGUUGAAAUUUCAAAAACCCAUUUUAUGUCUAUGAAUCAUGAAUGCCCUGUAAAUCGUAAGAUACAUGGAAACUUAAGAGCUUUCAGCUAUCGAUUCCUGUGUCAAAAUGAUUGGACGUUUUGACCUUUGGGUCCACUGAGCAGUAAAGAGGAUGACGAUCAUCUUUCACCAUUUUUUACGUCAAAAAUUGUUUUAUUGGCUUCACUCUUGACUUAAGGAUAUCAUGUUUCUACGUGGAGUUGCCUUGCCCCUGAAAGACCAAAGUACAAACAACCUCUCCUGAAAAGGAACACUUGCAGCUACUGUUGAGAGAAUGAGCUGAAAAAAUAGAAGUGAUUCUUUAGGAACUGUAUUCUCACAUCUUUUGAGGUUCUGUUGCUUUGCGGAUUUGGUUCUUCAUUUAUGCUGAUGCCUUCUGCAAUUUAAGUGGAUUGAGGAUACAUUUUUACAGAAUGGGGCGCAAAUGUGAUGUUGCUGAAGCUAAAUUUGAGGGCGAACUUCCUCUUCACUGCACAAUUAAGGUGCAUCGUUUGAUGUGUUUAGAGCUGAAGAAGUUGAUUCAAAGCAUCUCUCACAUAAAUACAGAUAUUGAAUCUGCUCGGCCCCAAUGCAUAUCAGGAUUACAGGCCUUUAGUUCAAUUCAGAUUGCAAUAGACAAAGCAAAGUUACUUAUCCAGCAUUGUUCUGAGUGUAGCAAACUUUACUUGGCAAUAACAGCAGAUAAGGUACAAAUGAGAUUUGAAAGGGUGCGGAACUCAUUGGAAUUGGGUUUGGGUCAAAUUCAGAAUACUGUUCCACUGUUGUUGGCUGAGAAGAUUUCUGAAAUUAUCGGUGAUCUAAGGAGAGCAAAGUUUCCACUAGACCCUUCUGAAGAAGAGGCUGGGAAGGGUGUACUAUCUCUUCUUCGGCAGGACAUAUCUGCAUCAGGUUCUAUUAACCAAUUAGAACAGGAGGCUUUACAGCUUGCCGCUUUAAGGCUGAACAUUACAUCCAAGUUGGCUAUUUUGAUAGAGAAGAGAUCUAUUAAAAGAUUACUUGACAAGGUUUCGGAUACAGAUUCCAGAAAGAGGAAAAUCCUGAAGUACCUCUUAUAUCUUUUGAAGAAGUAUGGAGAAUUAAUUUGCCAACACAAUACUAAGAGUACUGCUGUGCCACCAGAAGAGUCAGAUCAUCAAUCCAUUAAGACAGAACCACUAGUAAUCAAUGUGGGGGAUGAGACCCAAGUUAAUGAAUCUGGUACACUUGAGCCUCCUGAGGAAUUCAAAUGUCCCAUCUCUAUGAGAGUGAUGUAUGAUCCUGUUGUUAUUGCUUCUGGGAAGACAUUUGAACGAGUGUGGAUAGAAAAAUGGUUUAAUGAGGGUCAUAAGAUGUGCCCCAAGACUCUUAUGAGACUGGAUGAUUUGACCGUUAUUCCAAACUUAGCAAUGAAAAGGCUGAUUUCAAAGUGGUGUUUGGAGCAUGGGAUUAGCAUUUCUCAGCCACAUGUAAUGACUUCUCUUCGUUCCUCAUGGAAAGCUUCCUCUUCGUACUCCAUUUCCAGUUUUGGCAGCUCUAUUGAUAAUUUGUGUCUUCAAGUUAGCAAUGUGUCACUUCGUUCUUCAGAUACUGGUCAUAGUUCAGAUUUAUCAAAUGGCAGCACUAAUCAAAGUUUCAUUAGUAUGCUGCCUCAAGCAGAUGCAAAUUCUCAGAUGAAUCUAUCUUCUAGAACUAGAGAAGGCACAGAAUUUACCAUUCUCCCUAAACUUGCUUUUCAUCCUUGGGGAUUACAGUGUGACAUGGUGGAAAAUAUUAGAAAGCAACUGAAGGAAAAUGACCAAUGCUGUCAUCUGGCAUUUUCAAACAGCUAUAUAAAGCCACUGAUAAAAUUUUUGAAAGAUGCAUAUAAUUUUUCUGAUGUGAAAGCUCAAAAAGAUGGAGCAGAGGUGCUUCUGGCUGUUUUGAGUCAUUGCAGAGAUGAAGUGCCUCCAUUUCAUGAAGAUGAAUUUUCUGUGUUGGCAUCGUAUCUGGAUUCUGAAAUCACACAAAAAACCCUUGCAAUCAUUGAAGUGUUGUCCUGCCAACAGUGCUAUAAAUCUGGAAUUGUGGCAUCCGGCAUUUUACCUUCAGUCUUCAGAGUCCUCGACACUGAAAACCGGGAAUCCCAUGAGCUUUGUAUGAAGAUACUAUAUAAUUUGUCUUGUGACAGUAACAUUAUAUACCACAUGUUAUAUUUGGAUUGCAUCCCUAGACUUGUCCAUUUCUUGGAAGAUCAAAUGCUGGCAAGAUAUUGCCUCAAGAUUAUUAACUUCUUGUGCUCAGAUGAGGAGGCCAGGACUGCUGUUGCUCAAACAAAUUUAAGCAUAAUUUCAAUUGCCAAACUCCUGGAAACUGGAACCAAGGAGGAUCAGGAGCACAUAGUGGGUAUCCUGUUAUCCUUAUGUUACGAGCGAGCAGAGUAUUGCAAGGUGGCCAUGACAGGGAGCAUCAUUCAGGCUCUGGCUGAUAUUUCUGCGGAUGGGAAUUCUGGGGGACAGGUGAUUGCCAAAGAAUUGCUUCAGCUAUUGGAACAUGAAAGGGAAGUUUAUGCUUCAGACUGUUCAGUUGCUGAUACUGCUAAAGAUAAGAAGAGGCAAUCUCAGACAUUUGGAUUUGUGGGAAGGAAACUAUCAAGAUUUAUGCAUUUCAACCAUUAGCUUUUUCUUUCUGGAACCUAACAUGGUUUACUGAUGGCUUUCCUAGAGCUGGGUUUGAGCCAUAUUUAGGAAUGUACAGUUGCUCUUCUUCUUGCAUCUACUUGUAGGAAGCAGCCUAAAUUUUUGAUCUCCUAGUUCAGCUUAAUCUUGUAAUAUUAGAGGUUUUGAAUUUCAUGCUAUCCCAUGUAAAUUCAGAUUGAUCGGGAUCACUUUUUACCAAAUAUUGUGCUUUAUACUGGUUCUUGCGUUCUCAAAGCAUUUUGUUUAGUCA